GACUUAUUCUUUACAGAAAAAUGUUUCCAAAGGAAUUUAAAAACAUACAAAAAUCAAUCAAUCAAUACGUUCUAGGACCUGAGACGUUGCACAUUUUUCCAAAUCAUUUUGAAAAACGAUUAUCUUCGGUCAAAUAUAAGCAAAGUGAACUACAUUACAAGUUUGGUUUGAUUUGCAACAAGAAACGAUUCCAAAACUGACCGCCAAUACGAGUACCGCCAAUGAUGAUUCACCUCGUGAUUCAUCCAGGCAACAUAACCUUUACGAUAAUUUAAUCAGAAUUGACACUUACAUUAGCCCACUCAACACCGGUGUACGCACUUUGUGUGCCUUCAAAUGAAUCCACUAAAUAAAUGAAUAGUUCUGACGCUGGCUAUCGUAUCUUCAAUAUUACUGUUUUGUGAACAUUUCCCUCAGUGGAUUCUAAAGUUUUGUUGUGUGUUUGUAAAAAAAUAAAAGAAAAGAAAAUUGUUAAAAGAUGUGCACCACUCAAGUCACCUCCACCAACUCCCUCGUCAAGGCUAUCGAUGAUGUUGACGGUAUUUUGGCAGCAAUAUUAACCCAAAGCUCAUCAAAAUGGAAAUCAGCGAAAAAGUCAAAGAAAGGCGACAAAAUGCCUACUAAGCUACGCUUUAUCGGAGACUCUUUCUGGACUACCGUGAAAGAAAUGAGAGCUACCGUCACAGACUCAGUCGAAAAGUCGAUCCGACGAUCUUCAAUGUUGUUGCUUAAACACGUUAGAAAAUAUCGUGACUGUAACACCAUGAACUGCACCAUCGACAAAAUUGAAGCUGCAACUUCAAUUGUAUCAAAGACGACCGACGGAGCCGAAGUUUGUGAUAAUUUCUACGAAGCCCUACACCUCGCUUGUGUAAAAUAUAAAAUGAUGUCCCCAAUCAUCCUUUACGGCAGAUUGUAUGAAGAAGAACGGUUCCAGUAUGUGUCGUUCAUUUUUGGCGAACGUGUCUUUAUAAUUGAAUUGACGACCGGCAUUCCAGACAUACAAGAAAGAGCCAGUGAGACAAUGGGUGCCUUGAUUCGUAAAUUCGGAGGAGUUCCGAAAGUCUCGUCGUUCAUAAAGGUUCAACAAAAUAUUGCCCAUAUCGUGGCCGAAAUCGAUCUACAAAGCAAAACCGUUGCACCGUGUGAGCUGGUUCCUGAUGACAUCACGAUAUUGAAUUUAAAUGAAAUUACGGAAUUGAUAAUGGCAUCACAUUAUCUGGUGAAUCAACCACGUACACGAAUCGAACAGAUUUAUGCCGACACUUUGUUCCACAAGCAACCGUUCCUUGAGGGAAUGUACGUGAACAACAAACAAGUGUUCGGCUGUGUGGAUCUAUCCGAAAAAGAUAACGGCGCUUCGUUGCAACCGCCAAUCAUUCUGGUAUUCUGCGAUACGAUAACACAGUCCAACUUUCUGUGGAACGAUAAACCGUUUCCCGUGAAUGUGAAACAAUUAACUGCGACUGACGUUGGUCGGGCGGCUUCGAAUAUGCCUUAUGAACAGCUACAAUUACUACCGAUAAGUGUAGUAUCAGAUGCUGACGAAUGCGGUGGUGUUCGCUACGGUGAUCAAAUCUUAUAUGAUGGUCCGCUUGUUAUUGUGCUCUAGACUAUAUUGUCAGAUUUUUUUUUGUAUCUUCAUCGUUUAAAUAUUGAAGACUUUUCUUUCUCUUCUUUUAUGACCUGAACUGAUUAUCGUUUUUGUAUAAUUUCAAAUAA